AUGGCAUCAACUUCCUCCAACCCGAUCCCACCCGAAGCCGGGUUCCCUCCUCUGACCAAAGCAGAUGUGAUCGCCUGUGCGUUCUCGUCCUGGUACCCGACCUUUCGACGGCACUCUCCCAAAGCGACGGUGAUCGCGCCUCUUUCGGACGAGUUCAUCGAUUACCUGCAGAGCGAUGGCGUGUUCUUGCCCGAGGGGAGUGGGCCUAUGGGGUUAGUCGCGCAAAGAAUGAUCAAGUCGAGGUGCUUUUAGCGAUCGUGUGCUGAUCGAGUCAACUACAUCAACCCCCUGUCCCCGAUGUCCGGAACAAUUCGCGCACUCUCGACACCCCACGAACUCGAAUCAAUCUCCAAUCCUACAGGAUCAGCGAAUUGAGCGAUUCGGAAGACGACGAAUCAGCGAAUGGGACCGAAUCCAGUGACGAUCAGUCCUGGCAGGUCAGCUUCCCCAAACUCGACAGCGAGAUUCGCGACGUCCUCUUCAAGUACGACGGGGCCGCGUUCCCCAAAUUGAAUUGGUCGUCUCCGAGGGUGAGUCCUGUUGGUUGGUUUCAGGCUACGGAAAAAGAACUCGAAAAUUUGACUUCUCCGUUCAUUUUGUUUAGGACGCCGCGUGGAUGCUACCCGGACAGAAUCUUAAAUGCCAGACCCCGGCCGACGUCUACCUUUUGCUCAAAUCGUCCGAUUUUAUCACCCAUGAUCUGGAUCACGCUUUCGAUCUAUGUGUCGAGCAAACACCUUCAACGCUUCCGGACUCAUCGGUGGGACCGGUGGAAGGGCUGGCUGAGGGUGCAGGGGGUUUGACUCUGAGCGACGACGAGACGGACGAAGAUUCGGACGAGAAGCGCGAGGGACGACGGAUACGGAGUAGGAGACCUCCUUCGUUGUAUCCUUUCGAACUCGUGCUGAAGAAGUGGUACGACAUUCCGAGGUCGCAGGAGUGGAGGUGUUUUGUGCGGGACAAGCAAUUGAUUGGUGAGUGGAGUGGUUCGAGCAGACUCGCGGAGGAAGAGAUGAUCGGUUCUUGCUCAUCACGAUACGUUACAAUAUGUGGACCCAUCAUACAGCUAUUUCGCAGCGAGACACGAACUACUACGACUUUCUGCAACCCGACUCCGUCACGGAGGAACUCGAGGACCAAAUCUCGGACUUUUUCGAAAAGGAAAUCCAGCCCGUUUUCCCGUCUACGAAUUGUGAGUUGCCCACGACUCGCACAACAAACGUCAAGGGUUGCUGAUUCAAUUACCUAAUAUGACAAUGAAAGAUGUUUUUGAUCUAUACCUGACCCGAGCUCGCGAUCGGUUCUUUAUCCUCGACUUCAACCCUUACUCGAGCACGACCGACGCGCUCCUGUUCACCUGGUCCGAACUAAACGAAAUCGUCAUCCCCACCUCCGAUGCCUCUCGUACAUCGACCCUUCCCGAGAUACGCAUUGUCACCUCCGCAGCCAUGUUAGCGAACCAAGCCUUGCCGGCUUUUUCCCACAACCGGUACCCCAAGGAUGUCGUCGAAUUGAGCGACGGGGCGAGUAUUGCCGAGUUUGCCAAAGAAUGGGCGGCGAGGUUGGAGGAGGGCGUUUUGGAUGGGUUGAAACAGGACGAGGACGGACGCGACGAGGUGGAGGAGUUGGCGGGUCGGUGA